AUGAAUGAUUCAGAUGAGGAUAAAUUUUUUGAGGAUAAUGGAGAAGAUGAUUGUGAAAAUGAAAAAAAUGCGAAAGCUUAUUCAAAGAAUGAACAAGAAAAGGAUCCAUUAGAUGAAUUCAUGGUAGAGAUAAAUAAAGUCAUUGAAGAAGAAAAAAAAAAGGUAGAAUUAAAAGAAAAAAUGAAUAAUAGUUUUCAAGAAGAAUAUAAAAAAAAUAUGAGUGAAAAAGAAUUAAGUGAAAAUAAAAAAAAAAAUACAUACUUUAAUCCUAUAAAAAAUAGAGAAAAUAAUGACGAUGACAACAGUCUAGAUGAUAAUGAUGCAACAGCAGAUAUAUACGAAUUCCUUGAAAAAAAGAAAGAAGAAUUGAAAAAUGAUAACAUUUAUGAAAAUGAAAAUAAAGAUAAUGAUGAUUUUAAUUUUUUUCAAAAUGAAAAAAAUAAUAGUAAGGAAGAAGAAAAAAUUAUUGAUAAUAUAAAUUAUGAUGAAGUUGAAUUGGAAGAUUUUAAUAAAGAUAUCUUUAUUACUGAUGAAAAUAUAAGUAAUUUUACAUUAGAGGAAAGUGUGGAAUAUAAAAAAAAAAAUAAUAUUAUCACUAUUGGUUUUAAUGUACCAAAGCCUCUAUUUUCUUUUUUACAAUUAAAAAAUCUAAUAGAUAAAGAAAUACUGGAAAAUAUAUAUAGUAAAUCUAUAAGUAUUUUAUCACCAGUUCAAAGUAUUGUCAUCCCUAUUUUUUUAAGUGGUAGAGAUUUCAUAGCAGCUAGUAGGACAGGCUCAGGAAAAACUCUUUCUUUUAUUAUUUCUUUAAUUAUUCACUUACUAAAUUACAAAAAAAAUGAAAAAACAAAUAAUGAAGAAAGUGGAAAAAGAAAAAGAAAAAUCAUAUAUCCACAUGCAUUAAUAUUGACUCCUACUAGAGAAUUAUGUGUACAAAUUUAUGAUGAAAUGAACAAAAUAUCUAUGAAUAAAUUAAAAUCAUGUAUGCUAUUUAAUGGAAUAAAUUAUAAAAAAGCAUACGAUGAUAUUCAAAAAGGAGUAGAUAUUUUAAUAGCAAAUGUAAAAACAUUAAUUAAUUUUGUAAAUAAAAAAUAUCUUUCUUUGAUAAAUAUUAAGUAUGUCAUUUUGGAUGAAUUUGAUAAAUUGUUUUCAAAACAAUUCAUCCAUUCAGUUGUAUCUAUUUUGAAAAAUAUUAGAAGUGAUUCCUUAAAAGGCUUAUUUUCAUCUACAUUUUCAGAUAAUCUUAUUGAAGUCAUUAAGCCUUUUCUAAAUAAAAAAUUUAUUAUAACCAAAAUAGGUGACAACAAUGUUUUAAUAGAUGAGAAGUUUUAUAUUGUUGAAGAAAAUUAUAAAUAUAGCUAUCUUUUAAAUGAUAUAAAAAAAUGUUCAAACUCUGGACAAGGAUUUAUUUUUUGUAAUAGCAAAAAAAAUGUUAUUAAUUUAUAUGAAAAGUUGAGAAAAGAAUUUUCUUUAAAGGAUAUAUCAUUUGAUUACAUUCAUGGUGACAUUGAUCAAACGGAGAGAAUAUACAAGCUUGAAAGUUUAAAAAAAAAAAAGACACAAAUUUUAAUUAGUACUGAUUUAAUGUCAAGGGGAAUUGAUAUAGUCGAUUUAAAUUUUGUAAUUAAUUUUGAUUGUCCCAGUGAUAUUUUCAUUUAUAUUCAUAGGAUAGGUAGGUGUUCCAGGAUAAAUAAUAAAGGACAAGCAAUUACAUUCAUAUUACCUUCAGAAAAAAAAAUGGCUUUUCUAAUUUAUAAUCAUUUGAAGACAAAAAAUAAAAUUAUCGAUGAAGAAUUAGAAAAUUUUAUAUUGAAAAAUAAUUUGAAUAAUAAUUAUGAAAUGAAAAAUUUAAAAAGAAAAAUUAAUAGUACAUUUUUGGAUUAUCAGUUCAAAAGAAAGACUGAAACUGAGAAAAAAAUAAACUCAAAUGAACCUGCUUUUAAAAAAGUAUCAUCAUCAAGAAAUGAAAAUUCAUUACCAAAAAAUUUAAAUGUGAUUACACCAAAUGAUGUUUUAUCAUCUUCUGAUGAGGAAAGUUAA